AGAAAGAAUUGCUACAGAGAUGGUGAAUGAGUGAGAAUCAUGUGAGUUGCCACUCUCUCUCUCUCUCUCUCUCUAACUCAAUUUGAAUCAAAAGCAACAAACUUGUUUAACCCAAGAAACACUUUUACUCUAUGUUUUGAGCGCUGAGAGCUUACUUCUACUUCUUCUUCUUGGUUUCAAUGGCUUCAAGCGCCUCUAGGUUCAUUAAAUGUGUGACAGUGGGAGAUGGGGCUGUAGGGAAGACAUGCAUGCUUAUUUGCUAUACAAGUAACAAAUUCCCUACUGAUUAUAUACCCACUGUUUUUGAUAACUUCAGUGCAAAUGUGGUAGUUGAAGGCACCACUGUCAACUUAGGCCUCUGGGACACAGCUGGGCAAGAGGAUUACAAUAGAUUGAGGCCAUUGAGCUACAGAGGGGCAGAUGUCUUUGUCUUAGCUUUCUCAUUAGUUAGUCGUGCAAGCUAUGAAAAUAUACUGAAAAAGUGGAUCCCUGAACUUCAUCAUUAUGCCCCUGGAGCUCCCGUGGUGCUUGUUGGCACCAAAUCGGAUCUUCGUGAGGAUAAGCACUAUUUGGCAGAUCAUCCUGGAUUGAUGCCUGUGACAACUGCACAGGGUGAGGAACUCCGUAAUCAGAUUGGUGCAACAUAUUAUAUAGAAUGCAGCUCAAAAACUCAGCAGAAUGUGAAAGCUGUUUUUGAUGCUGCAAUCAAGGUGGUUAUCAAGCCACAACAGAAGCAAAAAGAGAAGAACAAGCCAAGUCGCGGAUGCCUAUUAAAUCUCUUUCGUGGGAGGAGUCUUGUGUGUCUCAAAUGAAACCAUCUACUCUGGAAUUUCAGCGUUGGCCAUCUCAUCCAGAAGCUUUUCAUUGCAGUGAGGCUGUAAGGAUCGUGUUAGUUUGAUUUUCCUCCUAGUUUUUGAAAUAUACCUUAGAUUGCUAUCUCCAAAGGUCAACUGCUCUGUAUCUGUGACUAUUUUAUUCUACUGUUUUGCUAUAAUUAUCUGGAAAAUGGUAUACCCGUCCACACUAAUGUUGGAUUUACUUAUUUUUCAUUGUAAAGAAUUGAAGAUCAAAGCUUUUCCUUCUUUUUC